AUGGGGUAUUCGGACGUUGAAUCCGGUGGAGGGGACGUGUUUCAGGACCCCUCUCUGCGAUGGGCCUUCGUUCAAAAGGUGUACGGCAUCCUGUCCUUUCAGCUGCUGCUAACUUUCGUAGCAGCCAUGGUGGUGGUGAGGGUGGAUUCUGUGCGGCUCACUGUCAUGCACUCGCCUCUUCUCGUCAUCGCCAGCGUCAUCGUCCCCUUCAUCUUGAUCUGUGCACUCUCAGCCUACCACCAGCACCACCCCCUCAACCUCAUCCUUCUCGGCCUCUUCUCCCUCUCCUUCAGUAUUACGCUUGGCCUCUCAUGCGCCUUCCUCCCAGCCAACAUAGUUCUGGAGGCAAUUCUCCUGACAGCAAUCGUGGUCGUCUCACUCACACUCUUCACCUUCUGGGCGGCGCGGAACGGGGAAGACUUCUCCUGGCUGGGCCCCAUUCUCUUCACUGCCCUUUCCAUCUUCUUCUUCUCGAUGAUCAUUCAGAUAUUCUUCCCCUUUGGCCCGCUCCUCAACACCAUCUAUGCUGCUAUCGGAGCCAUCAUAUUCAGCCUCUACAUCAUCUACGACACCGCAUCCCUUCUCCACCGCUACUCAUACGACGAAUACAUCUGGGCGUCAGUGGCCCUUUAUCUCGACAUUCUCAACCUGUUUACCUUCCUGCUAGAGCUACUCAACGCCAGCAACGAUUAG